CAGCAACCCUCUGCCUCUCCAGCAGCUCCAGAUAACUGUUUUGAUAUAUUGCUAGAUGGACAGGAUUUGCACUGCCCUGCAGUCCUGCUGAUACAAAAAUGCCUUUAAGAUCCUGCCUUUCCCAUCCUAAUCUACAUAGGAAACAGGAAAAGGAACUUAAACUCCCUGCACUCAGACAGCAAUGAGACUGUUCCAGCUUGCUCCCAUGCUGCAAUUUCUUGCCUGUGACUUGUAAACAAGAUUCAGAGUACCAUGCGAGAGAAGAGUAACUGGUAAACUUUCUACUCCAAUAAAAAGGAUACUCCAUGAGCAGCUGUAAGAACUGGAUGGAUAUAUUUUGGAAAGCAUGGACCCUUUAGCACAUCUAAUUUUUUAUGGAUUCAGCCUGAUGAUUUCAGGUAAAGUGGAAGCAGCCCUGGACCUCAUACUGAUCAAUUCAUUCCCUCUGGUGGGCAACUCAGAAACAUCACUUAUCUGUAUCACUUCCAAAUGGCGUUCCCGUGAGUCUAUCACAAUAGACCGAGACCAGGAGGAUGUGACAAACCAGCAUCGAGAGCCACUGGAAGUUAACGAAGAUUCAAGGAGAGCAACAGCCAAAACAGUGGUGUGGAAAAGGGAACAGGCCAGUGAAACCAUUGGAGCAUAUUACUGUGAAGGGAAACUCAAGGAUGAAGUUACGAGAAUACAUACUAUGAAGAUGCCGCUGGGAGCUUCAUUCCACCCGGUGGCCUUAACUGUUACAGCAAAUAAGGGAGAGCAUGUGAAUAUUUCCUUCAUCAGAAUGGCAGCAAAAGAGGAAGAUGCAGUGAUCUACAAAAAUGGUUCCUUCAUUCACUCUGUGCCCAGGCAUGAAGUGCCAGGUGAGCUGGAAGUAUCCUGUUCUCAUGUUCAGCCACAAGAUGCAGGGGUUUACUCUGCCAGAUAUAUAGGAGGAAACCUCUUUACUUCUGCUUACACAAGGCUUAUUGUAAGACGGUGUGAAGCUCAGAAAUGGGGCCCUUCCUGUAGCUCCCACUGCCCUGCUUGCAUGAAUAAUGGCAUAUGUCAUGAAGACACUGGAGAAUGCAUCUGUCCUCCUGGUUUUAUGGGAAAAACAUGUGAGAAAGCUUGUGGAGCCAAUACGUUUGGCAGAACAUGUGAAGAGAACUGUAAAGAAAACUCUGGCUGCAGAAAUUAUAUGUUCUGUCUACCAGAUCCUUAUGGUUGUUCUUGUGCUGCAGGAUGGAUGGGAUUGGAAUGCGACAAAGAGUGCAAACCUGGCUUUUAUGGGUCUGAUUGCAAACUGAAAUGUAAUUGUCACAAUCGAGGAACGUGCGACAGAUUUAAGGGCUGCAUCUGCUCUCUUGGCUGGCAUGGUCUGCAAUGUGAAAAAGAAGGUAAAGCAAGUGGCGUAGGUUUCAAGCCUUUUUGUAUAGCUAAAGGAAUGCCACUUCCUAAAGCUGAAGAAUUUAAAUUGUUGAAACAAGAUGGAACUGUCCUUAAGCCUUCCCUAAUCGUUACUAGUAAUCGCUCUGAAGCUAUGUUUACUAUUAAUCGAAUUCAGCCCCGUGAUACGGGAACCUGGGUCUGCAGUGUGCAGACAGUGGCAGGAAUGGCAGAGAAACCAUUUCAAGUUACAGUUAAAGUUCCUCCUGUGCCUCAGUACGCCCCAAGGCUGACAGACAGUGGACACAAUUUUCUCAUUAUUGAUAUCAAUGCUGAGUUACAUCUUGGAGAUGGACCUGUUGUUUCAACAAAACUCCUGUACAAGCCAGCCAAACGUUAUCAGUCCUGGAUGUCUGUAGAAGUGAAAGGCUCAACCAAAAGACUGGACAAUUUGGAACCAAAAACAGAGUAUCAGUUCUGUGUUCAGUUGAGUCGGCAAGGUGAAGGUGGGGAAGGCCAUCCUGGACCGCAGGCCAGCUUCACAACCGCUGCGCUUGGUCUUCCUCCACCAGAAGGCCUCACCCUCCUUCCAAAAAGUAUGACAUCGCUGAAUUUGUCAUGGCAUCCUUUAACACUGAGGACAGAGGAUGACAUUCAUGUUGAAGUGGAAAGGAAGAGUGUGAAUGACAAUGGUGACGAGAGCAGUGUUAUCACCCAAGUGCCAGGAAAUAUGUCCACUCUGAUCAUAAAAGACCUUGAGCCUAGACAGCAAUACAUGUGCAGGGUACGGGUGAACACCAGAUCACAAGGAGAAUGGAGCAACUAUCUGUAUGCAUGGACUUUCAGUGACAGAAUCCCUCCUGCACCCUACAACAUCAGGUUUUCUAACACCACAGACACAUCCUCUGUCAUCUCUUGGACAACUGCUGAGGGGCAUUCCAUCUCCUCCAUCAUCAUCAGCUACAAAAUUUAUGGCAAGGCUGAGUACAACCACAUCGAUAUUAUCAUAAAGAACACUACCAUUACUCAGUACCAUCUCAAGGGGCUUGAGCCAAACACUGUAUACCAGGUACAGAUUAAUGCUCAGAAUAAUGUUGGCUUGAGCAACCCAAACACAUCCUUUGAAUUGAAGACUCUUCCAGAAACUAAAGCUCCAUAUGAAUCAAAGGGAAGCAAAAUGCUGCUUAUCGCUAUCCUCGGCUCUGCAGGGAUGACCUGUGUAACAAUUCUCCUGGCCUUUCUCAUCAUGCUACAGUUAAAGCGAGCCAACUUCCAGCGCAGAAUGGCUCAGGCUUUCCAAAAUGUGGUGAGGGAAGAACCAGCUGUACAGUUUAACUCAGGUACUCUCACCCUGAGCAGGAAAGCCAAAAACAGCCCAGAUCCCACUAUUUAUCCAGUUCUCGAGUGGAAUGACAUCAAAUUUCAAGAUGUGAUUGGGGAAGGUAACUUUGGGCAAGUCCUAAAAGCACGAAUUAAGAAGGAUGGCUUACGCAUGGAUGCCGCGAUUAAAAGAAUGAAAGAGUAUGCCUCAAAAGAUGAUCACAGAGACUUUGCUGGAGAACUUGAAGUUCUUUGUAAACUUGGUCAUCAUCCCAACAUCAUAAAUCUUUUGGGAGCAUGCGAACAUCGGGGGUAUCUUUACCUGGCAAUUGAAUAUGCCCCCCAUGGAAACUUACUGGACUUCCUUCGGAAAAGCAGAGUUCUAGAGACAGAUCCAGCAUUUGCUAUUGCCAACAGUACUGCAUCUACACUUUCCUCUCAGCAGCUUCUGCAUUUUGCAGCAGAUGUCGCUAGAGGGAUGGACUACUUAAGCCAGAAACAGUUUAUUCACCGAGAUUUGGCAGCAAGGAACAUCUUGGUUGGAGAAAAUUAUGUUGCAAAAAUAGCUGACUUUGGCUUAUCAAGAGGUCAAGAAGUUUAUGUUAAGAAGACCAUGGGACGGCUUCCAGUGCGAUGGAUGGCAAUUGAGUCUUUGAAUUACAGUGUUUAAAGCACAAACAGUGAUGUAUGGUCAUAUGGUGUCCUGUUAUGGGAAAUUGUCAGUUUAGGUGGAACACCUUAUUGUGGAAUGACAUGUGCAGAACUCUAUGAAAAAUUGCCUCAAGGGUACAGACUGGAAAAGCCUCUCAAUUGUGAUGAUGAAGUGUAUGACCUAAUGAGACAGUGCUGGAGAGAGAAGCCAUACGAAAGACCGUCAUUUGCUCAGAUACUGGUGUCACUGAACAGGAUGUUAGAAGAAAGAAAGACAUAUGUGAAUACCACCCUGUAUGAGAAGUUCACCUACGCAGGCAUUGAUUGCUCCGCUGAAGAAGCUGCAUAAGACAGGGAAAAAUCUUCAUUCAUCAAUGAUGUAUUAACUCAGUCUUCUGGAGUCCAAAAUGUGAGAACUCUGUAUAGCUCUAACUGUAUAAUAUUGUUUAACUACAGAUAUGUAUGUGUAUAUCACACAGUAAGCUUUGCCUCCACAGGCUGCACAAGUGUACAUACUGUUCUUAGUAGGAAUGGACUAAAGUCAUAAAAUCUGC